AAUAGAAAGAAAUCCUGUAAUUUUUCUUCAAUGAAAUAUAUGUUGAACACACUAUUAUUAGGGUUCACUCCUCUGCCUCGAUUUCUUCUUCUUCUUCCUCCCAAUCCAAAACACUCCUCAAUCUCAUGCCUUCCAUCCACUUCAUCGCCAUCGUUAACCAGCAAACUCAAUUCGAAAAGGUCGAUUGUCUGCGCAUCGCAGGGCGGCAAUGGAAAUGGCAUAGGCUCAACAAAUGAUGAUAGCAAGGAGGAGAAGGAGAAGAAUCGAGUACCGGCGAAGUGGCUGGAACUGCUUAUAGAUCCAGAUCCAAACAAUGUUUUGGCAGUCGGAUUGACUGGAUUACUAGCGUGGGCGAGCGUACAAGUUCUAUGGCAAUUGUUCUUCAUAUCGUUUGCUAUUCUUGUUGCCGCUCUCAAGUAUUCAUUCAUAGCUGCUUUUCUUCUCUUCAUUCUUGUUACUCUUCUAUGAAUUAUCCAAUUUCAAUUCUCUCUCACAACUGUAAGUAUUACUUCUUCUUCUUCUUCCAAUUUGUUACUGUAUAAUCCAGAAAUUCCUUAUUCAAGAACCCUACAUAUCUACGCCACAAAUUCUAUAGAUGAUUGAUUGUGCUUCA